GGCAACGUCAGGGUCACGUGUCUGCUCGGCGUUGUUAUGAAGCUUCCUGAACUUUUCACGUGUUUUUAACAACGAGAUCAAUAUUGAAUAUUCCCACCGUCAAACUUCAGCAGCUGACGAUCGAGUUAUGAUCGGUUUACGUCAGAUGUCACGGACGCGGCUCGUCGGGACCGGAAGUGUCCUCCUGGGCUUCCUGCAGCGUGUCCCUGAAGCUUGUCAGAGACCACUGUGCUCCAAGAGUGAGGCGGUGCGCUUGGCGGAGGAGGCCAGCAGGAGGUACGGCUCCCCGGCUCCAACCAUCUUCUCCAAAGUGAUUGACAGAAGCAUCCCUGCAGAUAUUAUAUAUGAGGACGAGAAGUGUUUGGCAUUCAGGGACAUCACGCCACAGGCCCCUGUUCAUUUCCUGGUCAUUCCCAGGUUCCCUAUUCCCAGAAUAAGUGAAGCCAAAGAUGAUGAUGCCGAGCUUUUGGGACAUUUGUUGGUCGUAGCCAAAAAUGUGGCAAAGCAAGAAUCCCUGAAAGAAGGAUACAGAGUGGUGAUCAACGAUGGAAAGCACGGUGCUCAGUCAGUUUACCACCUUCACAUCCACGUCCUGGGAGGGAGACAGAUGACCUGGCCUCCAGGAUAAUGGCGUCAUGUGAACGCUAACGUAUCUGUAAUCUCAUGAGCGCAACUUAAUAUAUGCGAUUGGUGUCGUUAAUCCAAAACAUUUAAAUCCUAAUUCCAUUUCCUGAACAAUAAACUCGCCUCACAAAAUACGAGAUGUAAAUAAUAAAGAUAUAUUGUUUGAUACAACUGCAAAUAAAGAUGAUAUGUCUGAA